GCCGAAUUACUCCAAAAUGGCCAUAUACGUCACCGAUCUUACCGAAGCCGAUAUUCCUGGCGCGGUGAAAGCCGUGCAACAAGCCUUUGCAGGAGAUCCAUACAAUGUAUGGGUAUACGACCACACCAAGGUAGGCAGUGCUCGCCCUGGACCCAAUGUACUUCCUCAGGUUACGCUGUUGACUUAUUUCUUGUCUGUCCAGUUUAAUCCCGAGCGGAAUUCUGUGUCUCUAGGCAUAAGGAUGCGGUGGGGUAUGAGAAAUGGGAUAUUCCACGUUGCAAAAGAAGAGGGCAGCGACAAGGUACUUGGUGUAGCCAUGUGGCUACGUCCCCAACCGGCAGACCAACCCCCAACAUGGAAUGACUGGCUGGAGGGCUGGCGACUCUAUUUUGGUCAGAUUUGGAUGAACCUUUACUAUGGCAGGGGAGGUCUCAACGUCAAGCGAUACUAUAUCUGGAAGGAUGCUCAAGCUAAAGCUCAGUCAGAGCUUUGGACUGAUCCCCGAGGAUACUACUUCCUCAACAUUAUGGUGGUGCUUCCAGAGGCACAAGGGAAGGGUGUUGGAGCUCAGAUGAUGAAGGCUGUUACGGAUCAGGCCGAUGCUGAGAAUAUGAAGUGUUAUCUGGAGUCGAGCCGCGAUGUCCCUAACGUGGCCAUAUACGGACGAUGGGGAUUUAAGUUUCAGAAGGAAAUGAUUUGUGAUGAUGAUGGGGAUGCAAUUAAGCUGUUUACCAUGAUUAGGGAGCCAAAUGCAGAACCUGGAAAUGGGAGGUAG